AUGGCUGGUGUUGUCGUUUUUGAAGGAGCUAGACACUUCCGUCUUCGUCUAGUGCUCUCCGUGUUAGCUGGCCAGCAGAUAAAAAUCACCAAAAUCCGUUCGGAUGACAUGAAUCCUGGUUUGAGAGACCAUGAGGUUUCGUUCCUUAGACUCCUCGAAGCUGUAACCAACGGCUCCCAUAUCGAAAUCUCAUACACCGGUACGGCCGUCCUGUUUAAGCCAGGAAUGAUCAUCGGUGGUCAACUUACGCAUAACUGUACUGGUAAGAAACCUAUAGGGUACUUCUUGGAGCCUAUGCUCUACCUUGCACCAUUCUCCAAGAAGAAGUUCUCCAUUAUAUUCAAAGGACUCACAAGUUCAGAUAAUACACAAGACGCCGGUUUGGAGGCUAUAAAAUGGGGCCUCAUCCCCGUCAUGGAAAAGUUCGGUGUCAGAGAAGUGGAGCUCCAUAUCUUAAAGCGAGGCUCACCUCCAUUGGGCGGUGGUGAAGUGCAUUUGCUAUGCAACUCCUUGAUUCUACAGCCCUUGACAAUCCAUGCUUUGGAAACCCCUAAGAUGUCUGCCAUUCGUGGUGUCGCUUACUGUACAAGAGUGUCACCUUCUGUUGUCAACAGAAUAAUCGAGGCUGCAAGGAAAGUCUUGAAACCAACAGGCGUGGAGGUGAACAUCACAGCAGAUGUCUGGAGAGGUGAAAACUCGGGUAAAUCUCCAGGAUUUGGUGUUACUUUGGUUGCUGAAUCUAAGAGAGGCUGGAGAAUAUUUGCCGAAGGAACUGGUGUGGCUGGCUCUCUACCAGAAGAUUUGGGUGAGCGUGUUGCCUAUGAACUUCUUGAUGAACUCACAAAGAGUGCAGUUUUGGGAAGAAGCCAGCUCAAGUUGGCUUUGGCAUUCAUGGUUAUCGGUAAAGAAGAUGUUGGUAGGUUGAAGGUUCACAAGGAGCAGGUCGAUGAACUGUUCGUCUGGUUCUUGAGAGAUAUCAAGAAUAUCUUUGGCACUGAAGCCUACUUGAAGGAUGGAGCUGAAGAGGGUGAAGACAACUUCAUGACUCUUGCCAUUAAAGGUAAUGGGUUUACAAGCGCCUCUAAAAAGAGAGCAUAA